AUGAGUGGUUAUGCAAAGAAGGAGAAUGCAUUUGUGGAUAAGUAUUUUAGUGAUCAACAAGUAACAGUCAGUGCUGUGGAGGAGAGGUUUAGGUAUAGUGAUUUUAAGUUGGACGAAUACGCUGUUAAGAUGGCGGUGUUGUAUUUCGUUUCUAAUUGCUUGUUCACAAGCCCUAAUUCCAAGAAGGUUCCUAAUGAAAUACUCAAUAUUGUUGGGAUUGGUGAUUAUGAGAGUUUUCCUUGGGGAAAAUUAGUUUUUAAGAAAACUUUACACAACUUGAGGAUUGGUUUGAGGGGUGUACCAAAGAAAAAACGGGGAAAGAUAUUGGUUCCAAGCAUAUUGAUAAGCGUAAAGGGAAAGCAAAGGCUGCUGAUAAAGAAUCUUCGAGGACUUACAAGUUGCCUUGUUUUCCUUAUGCAUUUCUUGUUUGGAUUUACGAAACUAUUCCUCUUUGUCGAAGAAUUUGGUUUUUGUGAAUAUGAUAGUGAUCCAGAAUAUAGGAUUUGUAGAUGGUUGAAUGUGGGUCUUCCUAAUAAUAGUGCUGUUGAGAGGAAAGUUUUUUCAUCUCCUAAGCUGAAAGGUGAAUAUAUAUUUCCUACAGAUGAAGAGAGAUCAAUGCUUAAUCUAUCUGGUCUUGAGUUUAUUGAGAAGGAAGAUUCAGAUGUUGAUGUUGAUCGAGUUGGUGCGAUUGGUUUACAAUCUUCUAUUUUAAAUGAGUUAAGGAGGGACGUUAAAAAAGUAAUUCAAAAGCAAUUACAUUUUGAUGCGUCUUUUGAGGGUUUUACAUCAGAUAUUAAGUGUAGAUUCAAGGAGUUGGAACUCAAUAUGAUUUCCCACAUAGAUUCUAAGAUUGAUGAAAGUUUGCAAUUUUACUUGGAUUUGAAAUUUAAUGACUUGAAAGAAAAGUUUGAUGAUUUAAAAGCUUCUCAGAGUGUCGUGGAUAUCCGUGAUGAUAGUGGUGGUGAUAGUGAUGAUGAAUCUGGUUUGAAAGAUGGUGUUAAUGUUGAUUUGGCAGUGAAGGAUGAUCUAGUUAUGAAAGAGGUUGAUGAUGUAGAUUUGGUUACUGAAAAUGUUAAAGAUUAUUCUAUUGAUCCUGUUUUAAAUCUUGCUGAAAGUGGUGGUGUGUUGGUUAAUGAGGGAGACACUGUUGUAGAGGGUGAAGGUUUACAAAAUGUUGGAGAUGGUGGUUUGGUUAAAGAAGGACACACUGCUUUACUGGGUGAUAAUGAUGAUGUUCCAAGUUUUGAUAUAAUGGGUUUUCUUUCAUCUCAGCCCGAUGCUAAUGCUGAUAAAGAGAAGAGGAAAAAACAAGAUGAAGAUGAUCAUGCUAAGUUUAAAGAUUUAAAUAAGAAAUCAAAGGAUGAUGAAGAUGAUGGUGAUGACCAGGUAACCACUUUGUAUAUUUUAUUUUUUAUUUCCUUAAUUUAUUUUUUUUCAUCUUUUUAUUUUUUAUUUUUUUUUCUCAUUAUAUGUUAAUUUCAUUUUUUAGG